AUGAGCAUCAGGAGAGUAAGAGGGUCAUUCCGGAGCUCACAGAGGCGCUACGGCUCCACUGAGGGCAACAAGAAAAACAGAUGCUCGUCUUGGGUUUUCAAGAACGACGAGUGGAGACUCAUUUACGACAGCUCCAUCUCGCUUGUUGAGCAGACAGCUUCCAUCUCGCUUGUUGAGCAGACAGCUUCCAUCUCGCUUGUUGAUCAGACAGCUUCCAUCUUGCUUGUUGAUCAGACAGCUUCCAUCUUGCUUGUUGAUCAGACAGCUUCCAUCUUGCUUGUUGAUCAGACAGCUUCCAUCUUGCUUGUUGAUCAGACAGCUUCCAUCUUGCUUGUUGAUCAGACAGCUUCCAUCUCGCUUGUUGAGCAGACAGCUUCCAUCUUGCUUGUUGAGCAGACAGCUUCCAUCUUGCUUGUUGAUCAGACAGCUUCCAUCUCGCUUGUUGAGCAGACAGCUUCCAUCUUGCUUGUUGAGCAGACAGCUUCCAUCUUGCUUGUUGAGCAGACAGCUUCCAUCUCGCUUGUUGAUCAGACAGCUUCCAUCUCGCUUGUUGAGCAGACAGCUUCCAUCUCGCUUGUUGAUCAGACAGCUUCCAUCUCGCUUGUUGAGCAGACAGCUUCCAUCUCGCUUGUUGAGCAGACAGCUUCCAUCUUGCUUGUUGAGCAGACAGCUUCCAUCUUGCUUGUUGAGCAGACAGCUUCCAUCUUGCUUGUUGAGCAGACAGCUUCCAUCUUGCUUGUUGAGCAGACAGCUUCCAUCUCGCUUGUUGAUCAGACAGCUUCCAUCUCGCUUGUUGAGCAGACAGCUUCCAUCUUGCUUGUUGAGCAGACAGCUUCCAUCUCGCUUGUUGAUCAGACAGCUUCCAUCUCGCUUGUUGAGCAGACAGCUUCCAUCUCGCUUGUUGAGCAGACAGCUUCCAUCUCGCUUGUUGAUCAGACAGCUUCCAUCUCGCUUGUUGAGCAGACAGCUUCCAUCUCGCUUGUUGAUCAGACAGCUUCCAUCUCGCUUGUUGAGCAGACAGCUUCCAUCUCGCUUGUUGAGCAGACAGCUUCCAUCUCGCUUGUUGAGCAGACAGCUUCCAUCUUGCUUGUUGAUCAGACAUCUCUCACUGUGUGGAGCUUGUACUAA